AUUGUUGAAUCUACGAGCCCAGGACUGCAAGUGACUGCAGAAUCUUGUUGUUUUUAUUUCAAACAAUAUUUAUUCAAAAUGAUAAAGGGGAGUGCAUGCCUCACACCUUUAUGAGUAUUUUUACGAGCUUUGGGAAUUUAUUACGUAAUUUUGGAGGUUAAGAAGUGGACUGGUUGAACGAGUUUUGGAGAUAAUCAAGGAGAUUUUGAUAUCGCUAUGACAGCUGAGAAAUUUGAUAUUGAGAGGCCUCUAUGGGAUCUUGGAACAUUCGCCGGACGUUGGAGACAUUUCGCUUGGGUGACAGAUCCCAGAUCCUGUUUCGUGAGUGAAAAGGAAUUGUUCGAGGCCAAAGAACUCUACAACGACUCCAGAGCUGGACGAGCGCCAAACAACACGACCCGGGAGCAGCUGCUGCGUGCUAAAAAGUUGUACGAAUCAGCUUUUCAUCCUGACACUGGGGAACUGCAGAAUGUCUUCGGAAGAAUGUCGUUUCAAGUGCCCGGUGGAAUGGCAGUCACUGGGGCUAUGCUGCAGUUCUAUAGAACGACAACAGCCGUGGUAUUUUGGCAAUGGGUGAAUCAAUCGUUCAAUGCCCUCGUUAAUUAUACAAACAGAAAUGCAAAUAGUCCAAUCACAGAGAAACAAUUAGCCACGGCAUAUAUCAGCGCAACAGCAGCUGCUAUGCUCACUGCCAUGGGCUGUAAAUCCUUCUGGGCGAAACGGGCAAAUCCUUUACUGGCGAGAUAUGUGCCUUUUGCUGCUGUCGCCGCAGCAAAUUGUGUCAAUAUUCCUCUCAUGAGGCAGAAUGAGAUCCUACAAGGUGUGGAUCUAGCUGAUGAGAACGGGAAUAAGCUCACACAGUCGAAAAUUGCAGCUGUCAAGGGGAUCAGCCAAGUUACGAUAUCCAGGAUUAUUAUGUGUGCACCAGGAAUGUGCAUUCUCCCACCGAUAAUGGAGAGAUUAGAAAAAUUCAAGUGGAUGCAGAGAAUCAGACCUCUUCAUGCGCCUAUUCAAGUGCUUGGUUGCGGUAUCUUUUUAUCGUUCAUGGUACCUACAGCCUGUGCAAUCUUCCCACAAAACUGCUCAAUAUCCACCGCUACCCUGAAACGUUGGGAGCCAGAGAACUACGAGACUCUCGUGAAGAAUAGUAAGAGGACGGAGAUUCCUGAGUACCUUUACUUUAACAAAGGACUUUAAUCCGCACAUCUGCAUUGCAUCAAUUAAUCAUAUACAUCGUUCACUAUUGAUAGAAAAAUUAUAAAAUCAAGAUAUCUUCGAGUCUCUCUAUUUUAACGAAGACUAUACGCACAAUAAAAUUUAAUAGAAAAACUUUGUGAAUUCGUAAUAAAAAAGCAAACGAAUUCAGAAAAUAGAAAAUUUAUACCGGGAAAAUUGAGUAGAAUCUAUUUCUAUAGGAAUUUUUCAAUUAAACAUUUCAAGGAAAUAGGUCCAAAGAAACAAGAGAGUUGAAUAGAAAUGAAAUAAUAUUUUCUAAGGAAUACACCCGGUUUUUCUAUUAAAUAGGUUCGUUCAUGUACUCUUGAAAUCUGUAUUUUGUCAAUUAAUUGUGUAUUUUUCACAACUUAAGACUGUUUGAUACUAAUCUCUCCGCAACAAUGACAUAAAGUUUUGUAAACCUUCAGUGCGACAAUAUAACGAUUUGUUAAUUUGGAAAACCA